ACUGAACUGUAAUCCUGCUCUUACAUUGGCUGUAGCUGUAGCCCUUCCUCCGUCUCUCCGGCUGGAAGACAAAACAACAACCGUCAGAGCAACGAGAAGAUCAUGACUGCAACUUGAGACUUUAUUUGUUUUUGUGAACGUAACUAUGGCGCAGAAGAGUGGAGCUGGGGAUGCUGGCGAAGGCACCGGCGCCGCGGCGAAAGGCUACUCGUGUUCGGGCCUCAGAAGUCGGCCGCGCUCCGGCGAGAAAGACGGACAGGUGCGGGCUGUGAAAGCGCUGCUAAUGGAGAAGCUGGGUCCGUAUGAACGGCUGGUGACCUACAUGCAGGCUGUUCUGGUGUGGGAGAGACCUUUCCACAGUGUGCUGUUCCACGUUUUGGUCAACGCUGUCUUCUGGUUCUUUGCUCUGACCUCUUUGAGGCUGCUCUUCCUGUUGGCAUCAGGAUUGGCUCUGGCUGUUUGUGCUGACACCUGGCAGAACAAGAUUUGGCCAAAGAUCAAAGUGAGGCGACAAGAUGAGAGCGAAAAUGAAAGCUGGGGUCUGGUGCAGCCGGGGACUCUGAGUGUGCCUGAGUUGUGUCACCACAUGGCUGAGUUGUGGGUGACUGGGUCGUCAUGUGCAGCUGACAUUGCACGGUUUAAACGGCAUAACCCAGGGAAGUUCUGUAUGCUGGUCUGUGGCCUCUUCUCCCUCCUGGCCAUGGUGGGACGCUACAUUCCUGGAAUAGUUCUCUCCUAUGUUGCUGUACUGAGUCUGCUGUUUUGCCCGUUGGCUGUGUAUUAUCGGCUGUGGCAGCAUGCAUGUGUGAGGCUGGAGCCAGCCCUGCAGUGGCUGGACUUCAGCGUCAAAGGAUACAUGAUGUCCAAGCCUAUAGACAACCAGUUUCUUCGCAGGCCGAUUAGGAGCGGAGCCUCGGAUGACGCCACCGACAGCGAGGAGGAGCUAGCGGCCUUCUGUCCAACAUUUGAUGAAGCAGUGGUUGCUAAGGAACUAGCACUGACGGAUUCAGAGCACUCAGAUGCAGAAGUCUCGUACACAGAAAAUGGCACCUUUAAUCUCUCCAGGGGACAGACUCCCCUCACUGAGGGCUCAGAAGACUUGGACAGACAUAGUGACCCAGAGGAGUCAUUUGCCCAGGACCUCCCAGACUUCCCCUCAAUAAACCCGGACGCCACCCUAAUGGAGGAUGACGACGACCCCAGCCUUGGCCUGCCUAGCCUGGGCUCGGCUGGCCUGUCCGGUCCCCGCGGCUCCACUACCUCUGCUUUGCUGGACCUGGACGCCCAGCUUGACUCGGACCAGGAGGACCUGGACCUCUCUCUGGGUGCCCUCAACAUGACCUCUGACCUCAGCAGCGACCUGGCAGGGAUUCUAGCCAGCAACAUGAUCCAGGCGGCGCUCACGGGGGCCAUGCAGCCCCGACCGCCGCAAGGCCCACGCAGGGAGGGUCCUCCCAGGGCUGGGGCAAUACGCAGCUACAGGAAGCAGUCGAGUUCAGAGCUGGACACGGACCUGGACUUGGAAGGAGAGGACUUUGAAAUGCUGGACCAGUCUGAGCUGAACCAGAUGGAUCCUUUAGGGGGUGCCGGCGCGCGAGGAGCAGGUCAGGGUGACCAGAACAGAACCCAGGGGUCCAGCUUUCUGUCAAACCUGCUGGGGAAGCCGCAGUGAGCCCUGAGUGUGUGGUGGUUUGUGUAAUGCACAUCUACCUAUAUCUCCACCUUUUUACCCGUCUCUUCUCCAUCCCUCAUGUUUUAAUCAGUGUGGAGCACGUUUGAGGUUGCGUCAGGGUGUGGAAGCGUGUCUGUACUUGUGUUUGAGUGAGAGAGAGACUAUUUGUUUUUGCACGGUUAAUGAAUGUGGUAUUAGCUCCCACUGGCCAGUAACCUUUCCGCUGGCUACAGGCAAUCACUGUGAAGUAAUCUUAUUUUUAGUCUUCUUCUCUGGUGUUUUUUGUCUUCUUACAUAUGUAUGAAAGAGAGAGAGAGAGAAUGAA